CACUGACACCCUCAAACCACCUCGCUCAACACUCCCAUUUUCACUGACCUGGUGAAGCACCCAAGACCAAUAAUAUGCCGCGGCUCAGCCAAAUCACGUACGAUCACGCGGCGACUGUCCUCGCCAUUAGCGAUUAUUUUGAUUUUCUCGCCAAGAUGUACCUCGACGAGGCCGACAUUCUUAGACCCCCGGAGGGAGGCUGGCCGGAGAUAACAUCUGAUCGGCUUCGAAGCCUGGGCAAGACCGACAAAGUCAACAUGCUGCUGCGGUACAUCCCCUACCUGCGAAGUGGCAUCUACGGCUCUAAAAGCGAGGCGGAAGUUGGUCCCUCUGGAGUCCAACUCUACAACUGGAUGGAGUCGAUUGGUAACCUUGGCCGCCGCUCGGGGCUCGACGCCGAGGCACACUUCGAGGUAGCCAAGGUCAUAACGGAGCCCCUCAAUGAACAUGGGGAACCGGGACUGGCCCCCCCGCACGCCGUCGGCCUUACGUCCACCAGCGAUAAUAUCAUGUAUGACCGGUGGAUACUCGAUACGGAGCUUGGUGUCAUCUACUGGGUCUCGUGCCCCGAUAGGAUGAGAUACGAACCGACGCGGGAACCCGUCCUCGACGAUUGGUAUGACUUUUCACCCGAGGGGGAGCGAGAAUGGCGCUGCGAGCCCGCGUGGGCCGUUGUCGACUUUUUCGAGCUCCUCAAGGACCAGUUCCUGCAACUGUUCUCGCUGCCGGUCAGCCCCACAUCUGUGCGAGACAUGGGCGACGGAAAACCAGCCGAGGUCGAGGGUGCUCUGCCCUUGGUCCAGGCCAUCUAUCGUGAACACGGCUGGCCAGACCUGAACCGCUAUCGCAAGGACACGUGCUUGAAGGCGGUCCGGGAGAGGCUGGAGGAACGGUACGGUGAGGAGUGCUGGCGACUAGGGCUGUGACAUGGGUUCUACCUAUCUUGGCAAUUGGCUUGACUCUUGAUUGUACUCCGCAUGUACCUUCGUGCUCGAGCAAUUUGGGAACUUAUCCAAAAUUACCAGUGCAGGUGUGCGGCGCACGCAGAGACUUUAGCCUUAAGGUGUGUGGAUGAUGUGUUGGUUUUGAAUGAAGAAUUGGAUUAAUGUUGAAGUCGAAAGAUGGAC